GUCGUGUGUACUGUGAAAGUUUUGUCUCUUUAUACACCGCUGUUGAGGCCUAGUGGCUCUGUGCUAUUGUCUAAUGGCUCUAUCAACGGUGAUAGUGUAGGACGUUUUUGGCUUUUUGUACAAGCGUGUAAUACUGGGCCUUUUUCAGCCCGCCGGGCGCCGGCUCUAAACUGAAGUUCUUGAUUCUUCACUUAAAAAUGUAGAUGACGGAAUUAAUUUUGUAAGGGAGUUCGCACUUCGCAGUAGUAAGUAAAGUUCAUGAAAACAAAUAUUUAUAACUUGUUCAAGGUAAAAAAAAAACUGAAAUAAGAGAGGUAAAAUUACUGAAAUAAGAGAGGGAAUAUCGAUCGGAUAACGAAUUUUGCGUUUCUUCUUUCUUGGCCAUGAGUUUCAUGACUCUGCCACUGGUGGCGCUAGCGAUUGCAGGUAAAGAAUUUUUCGUAGUAGAACCACUGCGGAUUUUGGUGCAGUAUUGUAGUUGACUUUUUGAACGUGUCUGUGUCUGUUUUCUCUCCUUUCUUUCAUCGCUUUUCAUAUUUUUAAAGAUAACAUUUUCUCGUGUGCUACUGUUUCGAAAAUUACUCUAUGUCAACAAAGAAACAAGUAGAAAAUUCUGUUGACUGAAGUUUCUGAAUAUAAAAUUUGAAUGGUUUAUGUCAUUAUGCUACCAAGUAAUUUUCCUCGCUGCUGUGUUGUAGUCUUGCAGGAUAAAGUUUGCUAACAAGAUAGAAAAACCUAGAUAUGGUUCACUUACUGAAGAUCUGAAUAGAAACUGAAACUUGCUCAAAAACUUCAUUAACGUUUUGAUCCUAAAGUUCAACCCCUUCUUCGGCCCUUCCUUCCAGCAGAGUUGUAUUAGCUUAUCAAUGGCAAAUAAGGUGUAUCUACAAAGAAGUCAGAAAUGCCCAAUCUGUUCUGAGUUCGUGAGCAAAGGGAAUAAGAAAUCUCAUAUCGACAUGCAUUUUAGAAUUAAAGAAUGGCAAUGUCAGUGUUGCGAAAAGGUUUUCUCUAACUGGGAAAGCUUUCAGGCUCACCAACUAGUUCACUCAAAAACGACCUUAAAUUCAGAUGAAUCGCUGGAUAACAGUGACGUGACUGUGGAUUCUGGUUCAAAAAAAUUGCAGUCGAGGUGCAAAUAUUGCCCGAAAAAAUUCAAGUCUCCAUCGCUAAUGACGACCCAUGUGCUUAGACACUCCGACAAACGGCGCUACACCUGCCAUCUCUGUUUAAAAGAAUUUAAAGACCCUUAUUACAUUUGGGAGCAUUUGAAAACCGCCCACCCGAAGACAAACAACAAUUCCAUAACAGUAAAGGAAAUGUUUGAUCGUCAGAACUCAUCAAAGAAGCCCAUUGUGACGCCAGUCGAGUUUAAUGGAAAGGAUUUUCAGCUCAAAGUUGGAGUACCAGAUUCUAUGAAAAAUGUUAACCUGUGGCCGAGGGUUAUUUUGUCACGAGAGUUGACUGACGCCAUGUCCAAGUGUGUUUGUUAACCCUUGGAAGAAGGCAAGAAGCCGUACUUUUUACAAUCAAGCUUAGCUUAGAAAGAACGAAUCUUCAGUAAUUGAAACAUAUAUUGCUUUUAUUAAUUUCUUUGGUUCAAGUAUUUUUGACUAUGCUUUAAACGCUAUAACAAUACCCGUUGACGGUUUUAUCCAUUCUAUCCUCCAAUUGAUACUGAUAGUAACUAGGGUACAAGUCUUUUUGUAAAGUAUGUCAUGCGUGAUGCGACAUGUUUGUGAAGAACACAAUUUUAUUAUGUCUAUCCAGCUACGUACGUCUUAUUGUAACCGUAAUUUGUGUUGGAAGUUUGAACAUUGAUUUUUUAAAAAUUA